AGUUUAACAGCAUACUGGGGUUUUGUAGACAUACAAAGCAACAUAAAAAUACCCCAAACCAAUCAUUUACUUGUGGAGUUCCUGAUUGUACACGGUCUUUCAGGAAAUUUAGCGCUUGCAAGUCUCAUAUAUACAGAGACCACAGGGACUAUCAUAGGAUUACUAAUGUUAGAGGUUUACAAUUUAAUUUAUCAGACUCUAUCACUUGCCACAUUGAAGGUUGUCAGUCAGAGUUCCAAGACCUAAAAGGUCUCAUUUCACAUCUGAAGGGGCAUAUACAAGAGGGUAGAACAAUUGGUUGUCCUUUUAGAGAAUGUAGCAAAACAUUCCAUGUGAAAUCCACAUUUGCUUCUCAUAUAUCUAGAACACAUAAGAACACUUCAGCCGAUCAACUUGUUACACUAGGGCCAGCCUUAGGUAGUGACCACACAGGUGAGACUAGUAGUCAGUCCUUUGACAUUCACAAUGAUGGUGAAGAAAGCGAGUCAGGUGGGCAGCAGGAUAUAUUUGAUGUUGAUGAAACACUCUACCUUAAAAAUCUGGCACUGUUUUAUUUGAAGCUUCAGGCUAAGCUGUUAUUACCAGCUUCUGUAAUUCAAACAAUUUUUGAAGAAUUCCAGGAUGUUCAUGAUGUUGAACAAUGCCAUAUGUUUGGAAUAUUAACUGAGAAGUUGACCUCGCUAGGCAUGUCAGAAAGCACGAUCAAACCAGUAAUUGAAGAACUUAAAACAGAAAGUCUGCUAACACGCUUUAACUGCCUUUUCAAAACAGAUCAACGGCGUAAGACCAUCUUUAAAAACAGUUUCCAAUAUGUUGAACCAUUACGAGUAUAUCUAGGUUUAACUGAUGCAGGAAAAGUAGCCUAUGCCCAAUAUGUUCCAAUACAAGAAACACUUCUUGCUCUCUUUAAAAAUGAGUCUAUGAAGCAACAGUAUGAUGAAGUGCGUAAUCGUGUGACUAAUGGUGGUGUUAUGCAGGACAUUUGGGAUGGAGAGGUUGUGUCCAAACACUUUUUAUUCCAGUCUGACAGGUCAUCUUUAGCUUUAAUACUCUAUCAAGAUUCAUUUGAGGUGGUGAAUCCACUGGGAUCAGGGAAAAAAAAGCACAAGGUGCUAGCUGUGUACCUAACCCUGGGUAAUAUUUCGCCAUGGUACAGAUCAAAUAUUGAUCAUAUGCAGCUUGUUCUUUUGUGUAGAGAACAGGACUUCAAGACAUUUGGACAGGAGUUAGUCUUCAGUCCUUUGAUAAAGGAUCUGAACAACUUGGAAGAUAAUGGCAUUGUGAAAGAUGGCAGUGUUCUUAGAGGUGGUCUGUGUGCCAUAGCUGGAGACAAUCUGGGCUCUCAUAACAUUGGAGGCUUUGUAGAAAAUUUCAGUCGAAGUGAAUAUUUUUGUCGGUUCUGUGAUAUUAGCAGAAAUGAAUUUGAAUCAAACCCUUUGUCAACUGCUACCUCCAGAACUGUUGAGAAUUAUCAAGAAACUCUGCAAAACUUUCAAAACAGAGAAAGAACUGACAAGAACAAUGAAAAGGGUAUCAAAUAUGAUUCAAUUUUUAAUCAGCUUCAGUACUUUCAUGUGUGUCUGCCUGGAUUGCCGCCUUGCUUGGGUCAUGAUCUCUUUGAGGGUGUUGUUUCCUUUGAUAUGGCAUUGUUGAUUAAUCAGUUAGUGGUUCAGGAAAAACAUUUUACCCAUUUAGAGUUAAACAGGGCAAUUGAUCACUUGCAGUUUCUUGGUAAUGACGCUAAUGAUAAGCCACCAGAAAUAAAUUCAGGCAAUGAAAAAUUAUCCGGACAUGCUGUCCAGAACUGGUGCCUUUUAAGAGUGCUACCUUUGCUAGUGGGGAACAAAUUACAGAGCCUGGCCGAGAGUAAGAUAUGGCAUCUGGUUCUGCUCCUUCGAAAAAUUGUUGCAUACAUAUGUGCUCCUGCUAUAACUGCAGAUCAGGUGGCAUAUUUGCAAAUUCUAAUCGAAGAGUACAUUUCUGACAGAGCUGAAUCCUUUCCUCAGAAGCCCUUGAGACCAAAACACCACUACCUGUGCCAUUAUCCAGAGCUGAUCUUGAAGUUUGGGCCACUAAUACGUCUUUGGACCUUGAGAGCCAUGACUCAAGAAAUAAAGGAGGCAAUCCUGCAGGUAUUACCUACAUUAGCAGAGGAUACCCUGUCUUUGCUGCUGACCAGACUUAACAGCAUUGGCGUGGACCGCAAGUCGGAUUUGCAAUAUGUGAAGGAGGAGGAUCUGUCAGAACAUCUUCGACCUAUAGAAUCGCGAAAACUGCUAAACAAAUGGAGCACCGAUGGGCAGCUGAGGUGUGCUGAAAAUUUACAAAGUGACAAUUCACAAUCAGACUCCACACGUAGUCCAUGCAGACUGGAUUCAUCCUCCUCAUCCUUCUCAUCCAGCCCAACCAGCACAAAUAGCAGCACCAGCACAGUCGACAUAGACUCUUGGCCAGACUGUUUUAAAGUUCCUUGGGGCAAAAUGCCUCAUGCCAUAUCAAUGGCUGUGCAUUCACAAAAGCGCCCAGCUCCAAGAGACCGAAGAGAAAUGGUCCGGAUCAUAGUAGAUGAAAUGAGGGUGAUUGAAGCCAAUCCUUCUAGAUCUGAUUGCUUUUCUGUUGCUAAGAAAAUAGUUAGACAGUAUCCCAAGAGCUUUGCCGAUGUCUUGAAAGAUGGCACUAAAAUUGGAAGUGGAUAUGCUUCCCUUGUCAAUCAGAUUAAAUCCAGGGUUGAACACCUGAAUAGGGACAAUGUUACAGCAAGACGCCGGAGAGGAAAAACACUGCCAAGCUCAUCCACCACCAAGAGCACCAAAGGACCAUCAGAUCAAUAUGGGUGUAUCAGUUGGCAGCCUGAGUGUCCUACUGGGGAAACUGAAGACAGCCUUAAGGGGAAAAAAGAACAAAUGCAAGAGAUGUUUUCAAGAGAAGGUCCAGUGGGGGGAGAGAGAGGAUGUGUCGACCAGCUAAUGCAUGUUACAUACUACCUGCAACGUAAGUCUAUCAACGCAAGUCCACCUCACACAAUUGCUGAGCUUAGAAAAGAUUGGCCAUAUCUCUUCACUCAGAAAGGCCUCUACAGUCACUUUCAGCAUCUUACAGACAUACCCAUCCUGGAAAAAAUGGAGGGAGCAAUUGCAGAAAAGGGAAAGAUGAUCCUCCAGUUUUAUCGCCAAAAGCCAACAAACUCGGAGGUGAAGCAGGUCCUGUCCAUGUUUGAGGCCAGUGGGUCUACCAUAGUUGGACCUUGUGUUAUCCUGUGCUUAAUGGCACACUUCAAAGAGAACCCAGAUGGACUACUGUUACAAGUUGAUGAAACAGCCACUCCUGCAGACGUGGAGAGAUUGCCUUUACCAGAUGCUCCCAGAUUAGUUAUUCAAGGGAACAAAUUUGUUUCCAACAAAUGGAUGCUAACCAUCGAAAAACAAGUGGUGAUGACUCCACAUUCAAGCUUCACUGCAGGCCUGGCCACUUUGUUUGCAACCUUAUAUACCUUCAAUUUGGAGUACCAAGAGGAGGCUUCAUGUGUCCUUGAAUUCAUCCAAAGGUGCUUUGUGGGAAUCAACCCAGACACCGGCUCCAAGGCUUCAAGUGGAAAGAAAAAACGUCACACAAUCAAUGUAAAAGUCUGCACUCUUUUACGCAAGCUCAUGGACUUUGACUGGCUUGGUUUUUAGGCACUCUCUCAUUUUCUAAAUGUUUUUUCCAGGCGUUUAUUGCUUUUGGUAACAUUCAUCUUGUUUUAAAAAUCCACUCAUGGACUUUGACUGGCUUGGUUUUUAGGCACUCACAAUGUUUUUCCAAUGUUCAAUUUUCAGAUGUUUAUUGCUUUUGCUAACAUUCAGCAUUCUUGUUUUAAAAAUCCACAUAAUGUUUUGUCAUUGUAAGUGACCAACCCCAGAAUGUUUGUCCGGUUUGUGGUGUAUUGGCUGCGCUAAAAGCCCUAUUGGCGGCAGGAAAAACAAUGAGAAAAUUUGGUACAACAUAGACCGAAUUAGUGGCCCGCCAGAUAAAGCUAGGACACUUUCCUUAAGUUUCACUCAAAGUGCCCCAUCAGGUUAGCGUUAGCUACCGGGCCAUUAUUUCGGUCUAUGUUGUCCCAAAUAAUAGUGAAAUUAUGCUGAGUGAGUUGAAUGAAUGGCAUUCUUUUGCUACAUUCAAAAUAAAGUUGGAAGUUUAACUCUGAA